UCACUCCUGUCUUGCCUGUACUAUUCUAUUUCGAAGUGUACAACCACGUAGUGCGUAAUACGUACAGUGAAACAUAGUUUGGAAGCAUCGUGGCGAAGCCGCUGACCAAAUUUAGUGCUAGCGAGCAAGUGCUCGGCGUAACUCCAAUUCGCAGAGUGGAAGCGGUCGUGGAGAGAUUUUCUUUUACGGCCGACGACGGAGGAGGCAAAAUUUCGUGGACUCACGGUCUAUGAGCGCCAAGGGCCAACGGGACCCUGGGGAAGAUCACGCUUCCAGGGUAGGAGCAGAGAGCCCUUGCAGCGACAUGAAGCGUGCAGUUGCUAAGAAGUUGAUUGAAAGAUAUUUUUAUCAGUUAACUGAUGGAUGCGGUAAUCCUGACUGUGACAAUCAAAACUGUGCAUCAAGUGGCAAAGUAACAAAUCUCACUCCAAAUCAAGCUGCAGCGCAAGCUAUUCAGUUGUUUUCACAAGAAGCUAGGCUCUGCGAUGGCACUCAACCAAGCAAAGUAGCUCGAACAACUUUAGAACCAGGUCCUGCAUCAUUGGCAAAGAGUUUACCAGUUAAAAGUGUAAAUCCAACAUGUUCGGAAGAAGGAAAGCAGGAUCCAUAUCUCACAGAAGCAAAACUUCUUGACAUAAUAGACAGAUGUAAAUCAGAGGGAUCGUAUUCGCUGUUAAUUCGCACAUUGGGCGAAGUGUUUUCGUGUGCAAAAGCGUUGAGUCUCAGUUUCCAAAAGACAGUGAAAAAUGACUCACCACUGGCUGCGCUCCUUGAUAGAGCAUCGGACAGCUUGUUGAGGCCCCCCGGUGAUAUGGAUAAGGAAGCAAUUCGAUCCAUUCAAGGAGAGGACAAAGAAGAAGAUAGCAGUGAACCAUCACCCACAGUUCCUAAUAAUGAUGACACUAGCGUUGACCUGCCAGCUGUUCGGAGAGCUUUCGCUGCUCUGUGGUCAUUGCCAGGAGAAGCAUUUGAAUCUGCUUUGGUCAAUGCACUAGUGACUUUAGCAGACAACAUUGAAUUAGAUUUGAGGGUAUUCCGCAUUAUGCCAUGGGAUAAUAUGGACAGUCUAUUGAAUGUAUUUCUCAUUGUAUUUGAAAUUCCAAUGCUAGGAAACAGCGAAUACCUCGAGCUCGCACUUCACAUGCUCUGUAAAGCGCUCAGCUGCUUUCCUAUCGUUGCACAAGCUAAACUGGCGCGCGUAUGGGCAAAGCAUUGUAAAUCUCGGCUACCGAGUAUUUUGCAGGCCCUGCAGGAGUUGAUAACUGUAAAGGUGAUAGGAGGUUCUUUUACGCGAGAUUAUUGCGUCCAAGAUGCAGACACUAUUACAGCCCCUACGAAAGUUAUGAAAAUUUUAUACUACGCGAGUAUGCUGGCCGGUGAACUGGACGAACCUGAAUUGCAUCUAGAUGAAGACGCCGAAUCUGUUGGUAUAGAUAAGUCUGUAAGAUCGUCACAAAUUCCUCAGGAUCCCCUAGCAAAAGAACUUGGCAUUACCGCAUUAGAUGCAAGGAAGCCAUUUAUAGCAUUCACUGACUUCUAUAAUGAACCUCUUAGUGACGCCAUAGAAAUGGACAAAGACUUUGCAUAUUAUAAAAGCGAGGAACCGAUGAAGUUUAGUUUUAUGAAUUAUGCUUUUAUCCUUACGCCUGCUACGAAGACACUGGGCUUGUAUUACGAUAACCGUAUCAGAAUGUACAGUGAACGACGGAUGAGCUUUUUGCAGACUGUGGUUGGUCAACCUACAAAUCCAUACUUAAAACUAAAGGUAAGGAGAGAUCGUCUAAUAGACGAUGCAUUAGUGGAAUUGGAAAUGAUCGCGAUGGAAAAUCCAUCAGACCUUAAGAAACAAUUAGUCGUUGAAUUCGAGGGUGAACAGGGAGUCGAUGAAGGUGGAGUUUCCAAGGAGUUCUUUCAGUUAAUUGUAGAAGAAAUCUUUAAUCCUGAUUAUGGCAUGUUUACAACUCAGGAAGACACACAAAUGACAUGGUUUAACCCAACAUCAUUCGAAAGUGACGCACACUUUACGCUGAUAGGCGUUGUCCUUGGCCUAGCGAUAUACAACAACGUAAUUCUCGACGUACGUUUCUCAAUGGUUGUGUAUCGAAAAUUGCUUGGUAGGAAAGGCAGCUUCGCCGAUUUGGAAGAUUGGAGUCCUACAUUGUAUAGGACACUCAAAGAAUUGAUAGAAUACACUGGAGAUGACAUGCCAGAAACAUUCAUGCAAACCUUCAAAGUGGCUUACAAGGAUGUCUUUGGCUCGAUAUCUUUCCACGAUCUCAAAGAAAACGGCGACGAACUAUUCGUGACGCAAGAAAACAAGAAAGAAUUUGUGGAUCUCUAUGCGGACUUUUUACUUAAUAAAUCAGUAGAAAGACAAUUCAAGGCGUUCAGACGUGGAUUCCAAAUGGUCACGGAUGAGAGUCCGCUUGCGUUACUUUUCAGACCCGAAGAAAUUGAGCAACUUGUUUGCGGUAGUAAAAUCUUCGAUUUCGCGGAAUUGGAAGCAGCGACAGAGUAUGAGGGCGGUUACACCGUGGACAGCGAGGCAAUACGUAAUUUCUGGCGCGUUGCUCAUUCGUUGCCACCAGAAAGUCAACGAAGACUGUUACAGUUCACUACUGGAAGUGACAGAGUACCGGUUGGCGGUCUGUCUAGGCUUAAAAUGGUUAUUGCCAGACACGGUCCAGAUUCCGAUAGGCUACCGAUAGCACACACGUGCUUCAACAUCCUACUGUUGCCAGACUACAGCACGAUAGAGAAAUUGCAGGAUCGUCUGCUGAAAGCGAUCAACUAUUCGAAAGGUUUCGGCAUGUUGUAAACGUGCAGAAACAAAAAAAAAAAAAGACUUCGGUAUCUCUCCUCAGUCUUUCAAGAUUUAUGGUCGAACCCGAGUCACGGUGUUCGCGAAUCCCCUCCUUUGUCCCGCCGCAUGGACGUAUUUAUUCGAAAAUUCGUGCAAGCGCGUGCAAACGUCGAGAAGCGAAACCCGGUUUCGUGGAAGGAUCGAAAAGAAAAAACAAAACAAUAUGGAAACUUCUCCGAUUGAUACCGAGUAUACCUCGCAUACGAUCGUUGUCCUCCAGAACGUGUUUUCCCCCGGGCGCGGCAGUGGCGACAGGAAUUGCUGUACAAAAAGGAAGAAGAGAGAACGAAAUACAAAUUUUACUCCACGCGGCUAUACACGCUUCGAAAUUUCCUCGCACUACUUGUUGUAAAUGUAAAACGCCAAAGCGGACGAGCGCACCUUGACGUGUCUGGCCGUGGUGUCUAUUCGGCGUAACCCGUGCUUUCGUUGCUCUUUAAACAUACACAGAAAAAGGAACAAAAACAUUACACGAACAUUUACAGUUAGAGAAUGUCGGUUCCCCGUUUUCGUAUCGGCUCCGGGGCUGCUGUGAUUCGU